GGUUCACCGAGCGCGGUGGCGUGGCCCCACCCCGUCUCUCCCCGACGCUUGCUUGGUCGCUGCUUCAAUGUAGGCUGCUGUUCUCGGAAAACGGAGAGAACAGAAAAAAGAAUACGCUCCAAGAAGAAGAAGAAUCGCUUCUUCGGGUCCUUUUUUCGCCUUCAGGAGCGUAGCGGAGGAGGAGCAGGACGACGAGGAGGAGAAGAAGAAGAAGAAGGAGAAGGAGGAGGGCGGCCUCGGUUCUGCUACGACUAGCUAGCUUUGUGGUGCUAAUUGGUUUUUCCUGUGUAUUUAUUUGCUUUCCGCCGGAUUUAGAUUCAAAUGCUAGUCUGUUAGCCUAUAGUUUAUUUCACCCAGGAUUGCAACCAUGGAGGAGAAAUAUGCAUGUAUGUGUACGAGCGUGCGUGUGCGUGCACAUACAGGCCUCAUGUAGGCUCCUACAAGGCCAGUCUUUUGACAACCAGCUGCUUUCCCCUAACCCCCUAAAAACAACAAACCUGGGGAGUCAUAACCUCCAUUUUUGUUGUAAGUGUCACUGUUGUGGAUUAUUUGGAUUCCAGACGGAGUGGAAAAGUGUCGCGGUUGUGAUGUGAGGGGCUGAUAACACAAGACGCACACAUACGGAGAGGGGACACACACAUUUGAGAUGAUUGUUUUUUGGAAGGAGAAAACCAUAAAAGCAAGACAAAAUAAAGAAGUGUAAGUUCGGAUCCGGCGGUCCAGAAGGCUGCUCACUGACUCGGCUAGCUGCAGAGAAGUGGGCCGGAAGCAAUGAAAAUAUCACACAUGUAGCUCGUUUGGGUGUUAUUCAUUGACUUCCUGCUGCUUGACUGGAUCCCCCUACUUAACAACACCGAACCAGUUGGACCUGUAUUUUUUUUCUAAAUGCAUGUUCCAAAUGGAGGCUUGGAACCGAGCCGGGCCACCAUGCGGGUGAGCGCCACACACUCGCCGAGUUCAGUGCCCUGUCGCCGGCAGCAGUGAGACGCAAGACUCGUGUUUGGAUCUUCUUCGUUUUCAUCUUCGUGGUCGACCAACGGUUUCAGUCUUAAAGGACGCUGCGGGUUUUAACGUCUAAGGUUAGGUUACCGUGAACGUGAAGGAGGAAAACCCCACAAAAAAGAGAGGAUCUGGCCUGAACACAGUUUGCUUGCCUUCAUUCUGGACUACAAAUCAAUUCUGGACCAGGCCUGAGAGCCUAUACUUGAGUACAGAUUUUGUUUGGACCAGGCCUUUGGGAAGACCUUGUUCCGUGUGAACUCUGUUGGUCAAGCUUGAGCCACUUCAAAUAUUUCUUUGCACAUUUCGCACCACCUUCUUUUCUUCUUCCAUUUGGAACCCCCCUUUCUGUUGUGCCUGUGGGAAGAUGGGUUGUUUGGGCAACAGUAAGACUGAAGACCAGAGAAAUGAGGAGAAGGCACAGAGAGAAGCAAACAAAAAGAUAGAGAAGCAGCUCCAAAAGGACAAACAAAUCUACAGAGCAACACACAGACUAUUGCUUUUAGGAGCUGGUGAGUCAGGAAAGAGCACAAUAGUGAAACAGAUGAGAAUCCUCCACGUCAAUGGCUUCAAUGCAGAAGAGAAGAAGCAAAAAAUCCAGGACAUCAAAAAUAAUAUCAAAGAGGCCAUUGAGACCAUCGUAACUGCCAUGAGCACUCUGACACCUCCCGUGCAGUUGGCCUCUCCGGAAAACCAGUAUCGCAUCGAAUACAUCCUCAACCUCGUCAACCAGAAGGACUUUGAGUUUCCAUCUGAGUUUUACGACCAUGCAAAAACACUGUGGCAGGACGAUGGCGUCAAGGUGUGCUUCGAGAGAUCCAACGAGUACCAGCUCAUUGACUGCGCACAAUACUUCCUAGACAAGAUCGAGAUUGUGAAGCAGAGCGACUACACUCCAACAGAUCAGGAUUUGCUGCGGUGCAGAGUCCUAACGUCAGGGAUCUUUGAGACAAGAUUCCAAGUGGACAAAGUUAAUUUUCACAUGUUUGACGUUGGCGGCCAACGAGAUGAACGCAGGAAGUGGAUCCAAUGCUUUAAUGACGUGACAGCCAUCAUCUUCGUGGUGGCCAGUAGCAGCUACAACAUGGUGAUCAGAGAGGACAAUCAUACCAACCGUUUACAGGAGGCCCUCAAUCUCUUCAAGAACAUCUGGAACAACAGGUGGCUGCGGACCAUUUCUGUCAUCUUGUUCCUAAACAAGCAGGACCUCCUAGCGGAGAAAGUGCUGGCUGGAAAGUCCAAAAUCGAGGAAUACUUUCCGGAAUUUGCUCGCUACACUACACCUGACGAUGCGACACCAGAGGCUGGAGAAGAUCCUCGUGUCACAAGGGCAAAGUACUUCAUUAGAGAUGAAUUCCUAAGGAUCAGCACAGCGAGCGGGGACGGGCGCCACUACUGCUACCCCCACUUCACCUGCGCCGUCGACACAGAAAACAUCCGCCGCGUGUUCAACGACUGUCGGGACAUCAUCCAGAGGAUGCACCUGCGGCAGUACGAGCUCUUGUGAUGGGACAAGAAAGAGGUUUUGGCAAAAAAAAAAAAAAAAAAAAAAAAAAAAAAAAAGGAAAAAGAAACAAAAAAAACAGAACAAACUUGGGAACAGUCUUUGAACUCUUCCACGGACAUGCCAAAAAGACACUUGGACACACACACACACACACACACAUACAGUACAUGAUGCCAACUUCCCCUCGCUGCUAACCUCACUUUGAUGAUGGACAUGUCGGGGGGCGGUCACUUUUUGGAGAGAUCUCCUUCCCGUCUGGAGUCGCUCGAUGAUAAAAACCCGUAUCGACACAUCUGAUAGCUAGCGUCGUGCUCAGGAUUUGACUGCAAGCAUAUGGACACAAUGAACACAACACACACACACUGCAGUCCUUCCUAUCACAUAUGCAUAUCGGGAUAAUCCCCCCUUAAAAAAAAAACCCACACAAACACAUCAAACGUGCAUUUACUGGAUUUCGUGAAAACAUUGAUCUGCAGAGUGGCCUCCUCAUCGACAAGCCGCUGAUGAUUAUUAUUAUUUUUGUUGUUGUUCCGCCUCCGCAGUGCUUUGAGAUUAAACACCCACUGUUAGCAGGUGGUCACAGACUUUUUUUGAACAAGCAAACACGAAAAGGAGGCGUGUUUUGCUUCUUUUUUUUUUUCUUCUUCUUUUUCCCCCCGGUUGAGAUUUUAAAUCAACGACGAGAGGAACAAUCCCUCCUCCGCUUUGACAUCAUAUAUAUCAUCAUCACACGAUGGGACAAAGAGCAUCCAAUACAGUAUCUUUAAGUUAAAGACACAUCUUUUAUUUUGUCUACACUUGUUUUUUUGUCUGUGUGUGUGUAAGUGUGGGGGGGUCUGUGUGGACUUUAGUGCCAUUGUGCCCUGUGUGUUCUCUUUUUCUUUAUCGUUCCGGCUUCUCCCUCCUCCUAUCUGCACUAAAAAGAAAAUAAAUAAUCCAGAAAUUUAAAAAGGAGGUAGAAAAUGGAAACAAACGAGACACUUAUUCCCCCUCGCUCUGCCCCAUACCACCCUGGCCGCCCUUGUCCAUCCCCCUCCCUUUGCUCCUCUCUCUCUAUCUGUUUACUUUACGUUACUGCUGAACUAUUAUUCUUGUACAGACUGUAAAAUGUAUUAUUUUGUACAACUUUAUUGAGAAAAAAAAAAUAACUUUUAGAAGAUCCCUGUGCCUUGAUCACGACUGUACGUGUGUAAUGAGCUAAAGUGGGUGUCAUACUGCGCUGUAAAGCUUGGCCAACUAAUGCCCUGGACCCCCUUCACCACUUCCUUCCUUUUUCUUUAUCUCCCUCUGCAUCCAGGCGCUCUUUUUCUUUAGGACCUGGGGGACACCCAUUUGUAGCUUUUUUUGGAGUUUCCUUUCUCCCCUUCCCCUUAUGAUUUAAAUUUCUAUUUUUGGAUCCAUAUACCCCCCCCUACAAAGGAUGAAUAUAUGAAAUGUAUAGGUUUUAAGAAGAAGAAAAAAUAUUUUAUUAGGAAUCAAAUGACAAAUUGUACACUUGACAAGUGUGCAUUUUGCUUAUAAGUUAAAUCCUUUCAACUGAAGUUCUUUUGGUUUCUCAGAUUUUUGUUGUUGUUGUUGUUGUUGGAAGGUUUAAAAAGGGAAAAUGAACCGAUGCAAAACAUUGCCUUGUUUUUACACAAGUCAUAUUCUUUUGCUACCAAAAUACCCACACAGAAAAAGACCAAAAAAAUAACAAUUUCACAUUAUUUACAAAGAAAGAUGAGGAAGAGGGGAGUGGGUCCUCCUAUUCUUGCCUGCACAUCAGAAUCAUCUCUCGUUUUAUGUAUACGUCAUUUAUGGGUCUUCUGAACCGGAGCUCUGACAAAUAAAGUUUUUUCUUGGGGGGGUGAAGACAGAA